AUGGCGCUUUCUUCAACCAAAGAGUUAUCUCCAACAGUGGCCACACUAGCACUCGUCUUCUUCCUUUUGUUUUCCCAGAGUGUGUUUGGUGCCUCAUUUGGCAGGACCACUAACACCGUCGGAUCGGAGUUGCUGAAGGUUUCGCCUUCAGAGUUCGAGGGGACAGUGAAAAGUGUGGUUGAUGUGUUGCAAGAUGUGACCUCCAUUCUCUCUGAGUUCGGUUCUGGCUUCGGAGACUUGCGUCUUUCUAACGCCAUCUCUGAUUGUCUAGAUUUGCUUGACCUCUCCUCUGAUGAACUUGAUUGGUCUGUCUCUGCUACCCAGACUCCCCAAGGGAAGCAUAACAGUACAGGGAAGCUAAGUUCAGAUUUGAGGACAUGGCUAAGUGCUGCACUUGCGAACCAAGACACAUGCAUGGACGGAUUCGACGGCACCAACGGCAUUGUGAAGGAUUUAGUGUCCUCGGGGCUAGGCCAAGUUAUGUCAUUGCUGCAACAACUUCUCACACAGGUGAACCCCAAUUCGAACCAAUUCCCUUCCUCUUCCACACAGGGGCAGUUUCCGAGGUGGGUCAAACCAGGGGACAGGAAGCUGCUUCAGGCAAAUGGGUUGGUCGUGGAUGCGGUGGUUUCUACCGAUGGCACCGGGAACUUCACCAAACUCAUGGACGCUGUCUUGGCUGCGCCUAAUUACAGCAUGAAACGCUACGUGAUAUACGUGAAGAGAGGGGUUUACCAUGAGAACGUUGAGAUCAAGAAGAAGAAGUGGAACCUCAUGAUGAUCGGAGAAGGCAUGGAUGCUACUAUCAUCUCCGGUAACAGGAGCUACAUCGACGGUUGGACCACGUUUCGGUCAGCAACUUUUGCUGUGAGUGGCAGAGGAUUCAUAGCACGAGACAUUACCUUCCAGAACACAGCAGGAGCAGAGAAGCACCAAGCAGUGGCACUCAGAUCAGACUCUGACCUCUCUGUGUUCUACCGAUGUGGCAUUUAUGGCUACCAAGACACCCUCUACACUCACACCAUGCGCCAAUUCUACAGAGAAUGCAGAAUCAGUGGCACCGUGGAUUUCAUUUUUGGUGAUGCCACUGCCAUUUUCCAAAACUGCCACAUAGAGGCCAGAAAAGGGUUACCAAAUCAGAAGAACACCAUCACAGCUCAUGGCAGGAAAACCCCUGAUGAACCAACUGGUUUCUCCAUCCAGUUUUGCAACAUUUCUGCUGAUUCUGACCUUGUCAACUCGGUUAACUCCACCCACACGUACCUUGGCAGACCCUGGAAGCAAUAUUCUAGAACAAUUUUCAUGCAAUCUUACAUCAGUGAUGUGGUGCGGCCAGAAGGGUGGUUGGAGUGGAAUGGGGACUUUGCCUUGGACACAUUGUACUAUGCAGAGUACUUGAAUUAUGGGCCCGGUUCAGGGCUUUCUAACCGAGUGAAAUGGCCAGGGUACCAUGUCAUGAAUGAUUCUAGCCAGGCUAGUAAUUUCACAGUAUCACAAUUUAUUGAGGGGAAUCUCUGGUUACCAUCAACUGGUGUAGCAUUCACAGCUGGAUUGAACGAAUGA